AUGCGCGCGACAUCCGCCCUCACCCUCCUCAGCACCGGUUUCUCCGCCGUCACCACCGCGAGCGGCUUUACCGCGCCGGGGACCAACGCCCUAAACCUGCGUUACGCUGCCCCCCUCGCCCUCCUCGCCGCAGCAGCAACCAUUCCCAGCACCGCCCUCGCCGCUCCAUCUCCCCACCGCGGCGGAGGUGGUGGUAAUGACGAUGACGAUGAUGACGACGACGAUGAGGGUGGUCGGGGAGAGGGCAGGGGACGCGGGGACGGGAAGGGGAAGGGGAAAGGGAAAGGGGGUGGUGGUGGUGGUGGUGGGACUAAUAUCUUUGUUAUUAUCGCUGGGGGUGGUGGUAAGGGUGGUGGUAGUGGUGGGGGUGCCGGUGACGAUGCCGGUGCUGUGGCGGGAGGGGGUAAUAACGGGACGAACGCGACGGCGGGCGGGCUGAUGACGGAGCCUGCGCGGGUGAAGAGGAGGAGGACGAUGGGGUUUGUGGAUUUGGCGAGGCAUAUGCGUUGA